GUUUGCUCCGAAUCGUUCAAUCAAUCAAUUUAGGCCGUCCUCGCAUCAUCAAUCAGCCUAUAAUAAUGCCGUCGCCUCCCUCGUUGGGAAUAUUGUGCUCCACUCAUUGUUUACCGUCAAGAAAAAGAUGGAUUCAACUCAUUAAAAAUCGACGACGAUCAAAUCAUGCGCGAGACGAUUCAGAGACCAACGGGGGGUUGGGAGUUAACAAGAACCCGGAAUCCUUUCCCUAUUCAAUCGUACCACUCCAUCGCCGCCCCAGAAAAAGACUCAGAAAACGAGGAUGCAGUGACGAUGUCGCGAGCCCGUCGAAAAAGAUUCGUUUACUCAAAAUUCUACCGAAUAGAUCAGGUGACUUGAUAGCAUGCGAUUUGCGCGCUGUUGAUUUACAUGAUGCCACCUACGACGCACUUUCUUAUACGUGGGGACCUACAACUCGAAAAGAGGCUGCAAGCGGGAUGGAUAGCGAGAGGCGCUAUCCUAUAAUGUGCAACAACAAACGAUUACUCGUAACAGUAAAUCUCUUCAGUUGUCUGGAACAGCUCGAAAAGAAUCGACAUUACCACCGGGAUCUUUGGAUUGACGCGAUAUGCAUAAACCAGAACGAUCCGCCCGAGCGUAAUCAACAGGUCCAAAUCAUGGGAGAUAUUUAUAGGUCGGCGGAACGUGUGAUUGUGUGGCUUGGCCCCUCUUAUGAGGAUGCGAAGCCUGCUUGGGAGUCAAUUAAAGCUUUGAAUGAUCUGCCAAAGGACGAGAAGAAUAACAUCCUACCUGCCCGUAUCCCUCACAUGCCCAAUGAUGACAAUUGGGACUCGCUUGCUUCCCUUUUCGCAAGAAGCUGGUUUUCUCGAAUAUGGGUAGUGCAAGAGCUCGUAUUAGCCAGAGAGACCACCAUCUUAUGCGGCGACUAUACGUUCGAUUGGAGUGACAUGGUUUCUGUCUCCGACUUCAUGUCCAGGCAGGCAUCUACGAACACGUUCAAGGCGCAUUCUUCCAGGAACUCAGGCACCAAUUUACUUUCAUAUAAAAAUCCGUCAAAAUUAGAUGCAAUAAGGAGGGACAAAAACGGGGGAAACGCCCAGGUUAGGUCAGGAGAUAUCCUACUUCGUAACAUGGUUAGAUGCCGCACUUACGAAGCAUCGAAGGAUCUGGAUAAGGUGUAUUCACUUCUUGGCCUUGCAGACCCUGGAUUGGGCUGUAGACUGCUCCCUGAUUAUGAAAAGGAAGUUUCGGAGGUCUACAUAGACGCCGCCAAAUAUAUUCUCGAAAACACUGACGACUUGCACAUUCUAGCUCAUGCGGAAGGGGAAGAUUUCAAGCGUGUGACUGGAUUACCAACUUGGGUUCCUGAUUGGGGCGUGAAAGAGCAUGUAGGGCUCAGGAUCACUGGCUGGUAGGUGUCAUACCUAACCCCUAUUUACCGCCAUUACUUCACCAACUAACAAGAUAUAGUACGUAAUUAAAAUUUUCGCUUCUUCACUUAAGUUACAGGAACAAGCAAUUACUUUUCAUAAUAUGAAGCAUCUCAUGACUAACAUACGCGUACUAAUUAGAUCAAAGGUACGAAGCUGCUGGU